AUGUCGGGCCGCAAACUAGGCGGCGGCCGUGUCCUCGGCAGCGGCAAGGGUCUGGCUCCCCCGACACCUCCGAUUACGAAUGCGCCGCGAGUUGCAAGUCCACUAGCAGCUUCCGAAAGCAGUAUCUCGAUAGCUUCAUCUUCGAUAUCGCCGUCUAUAAGUGGAAUCCCACCGGAUAUUCAGGGGCGGGACAUUGGCAACAGCAUCAGCGUUGGAGCUCAAGGGAAGGGUGGCCCCGCUGAUGGCGGCGCACUUGUCUGUCCAAUAUGUAACGAGGAAAUGAUGACUCUCCUGCAACUCAAUCGACACAUCGACGACAAUCACCAGGAACUACCAGAGGAGGAGCAGGAUGAAGUCAAGACGUGGUUUGACAAGCAGGUUCUCAAGGCCAAAAAGUUCCAACCUCUCUCACUUAUAAACCAAAAACUAAGAGGUCUCGAUGUAUUCGAAUCAAACGAAUCAGCACCCGUCAUCACUCCGUCUGUUGCUGCGGGAAAGAACCCCCUCGAAGGUCCUAUUGACCCCGACGAGCUCAUCACGCGACAGCACUGGCAACGAUCAACAAGUUACGAUUUAUGUACCGACCCGACAUGCGGAAAGAGCCUGGGACCGUUGAACGGAAGCAUCAACUGCAGGCAUUGUGGACGGCUAUUCUGCGAAGAACAUACAAUGUAUCAGAUGAAGUUGAGCCGGAGUGCAAAACACGAACCGGUUCGUGGUUACUGGGCACGAGUAUGCGAGACAUGCUUCAAAUCAAGAGAAGGAUAUAACGACCAUCACGGUGUCUUGACAGAUCAUACCAGCAUGUUCGCGGAAAUAAGAAGAAAAAAGGUCGAGCGGCAGAACUUGGAAAUUUCACGGCUCGAAAAACGAUUAACUAAACUCACGAAAUUAUUGGUGAAUCCUCCCGAAAAGCUCACUCAAUCGAACGGCUCAUUACUUGGUCCAGUCACUUCAUUAGCGGGGCAGAAGAACCCUCGCAAACUUAUAGAACAAUCCGUUGUUACGUGGGAGGAAGAUGCGACUGUUCCGAAAUGCCCAUUUUGUCAGCAAGAAUUUGGGUCCUGGACGUUUAGAAGACAUCACUGUCGUAUAUGUGGCCGUGUCGUCUGUGGUGACCCCCAGACGGCGUGCUCUUCAGAAGUAGGCCUCAACGUAUCAAGCGACGCCAGCGGACCGACACAAUCACCCUCAGCAACGGAGAAACCUCCAUCAACAGCCAGCCCUGGGCAGGUUGGUAUAGACAUUCGAAUGUGCCGCGACUGCAAACAUACCAUCUUCUCUGCCCGUGACUUUGCAGCUUCAUUACAGCAUAAACCUGCAGAUCAGCGAGCAUAUGAGACCCUAAGGCAGUUCGAGCGUGGCAUUCAACAGCUUCUCCCCUCUUUUCACCGUGUCCUGUUGAAUUUACAGCCGGAGAAAAAGGAAAGCGGAGAAAUAGACCUCAACAAACCACCAGCGACACACGCGCAGAUUCAGGAAGCGGCCAAGAUUCGAAAACGCUUGGUCGAUAGCUUUGCGAAAUAUGGCACUGCUGCGAAACGUCUGCGUGACCUUCCUACCGAGAACGCGACACAACGCCGUCUCCAAUCGGCCGUUUACACAUAUGCUAGCGGCUUCCUUCAUACGAACAUGCUUCCUCUCAAGAGCCUCCCUCAGAUGCUUCGCUCACGCUCAUCCGCGUCGUCUACAGCCGUCUCCACCUCGCGACUUCUCGCCUCUCAUCACCACUCCGGAUCUAGUCUUCGACACUCAGAGCUUGCGGAUACUGAGACUUCGUCUCAGGCACCUAGUGAAGGAAGUACAGUCGUGAGUCAGCUCGAGGCCGAAGAGAAGGAACUCCGGGAACGACUAGUUGUCUUGGAAGAGCAGCGAUUUAUGGUCGAGUCUAUGGUCAAGACUGCACAGGGCUCACGACGGUUUGAAGAGGUCAGUGCUCUAUCGAGGAACAUGGACGAGUUGGAUGCCGAAAUCAAUGCCCUGAAGAGCAAAGUUGGCGGCGUUGAGGAACGAUGGGAGGGCGUGUACCGCAACGGUGUGGCGUAA